GUUUCUUAUUAGCCUAAGUGCGGAGGCAGAAGGCGGGGCUGGGAACCAAGGGAACCAUCACGUGGGUAACGGACGUCCUACGUGGGUAACGGGCGCCACGUGCAGAGGCCGAGGUCGCGAGCUGCUUUUCUCAGCAUGGAUGAGGCCACCCGCAGGAAACCCCGUCUGGCCGCCUCCCUGCAGAUGUCCCCCGGCCCUAGCCUGGACACCAUUCCCUGGAAGCCCUUGGAAGGCUCUGCCCAGGUGUCCGAGGAGAUCCAGCCUGGGCCAGCAGAGCCCCUCAGGGCCGAAGAGAAGAAGAAAAAGAAGAAGCCCGGGACCACCCAGGCCGCAGGGGAUGGGCCACUUUCAGAUCCUCCUGCUGUAUUGAGAGAGCUGAUCCUCGGGCACAAAGACCCCCCUCCAGGCCAGGCUCUGAGCCUCCUCACUCGCUAUGCGGCAGUCAUGGGCCUCACUCUGCACUUUGUGGAGAGUGAGGUUCAGGUCCCCUUCCGACACUUCUCUGUUUCUGCCGUGCUGGGUGAGGUGCCCUGUUCUGAAGGCACUGGGAGCAGCAAGAAGGAGGCAAAGGGGCAAGCGGCCAUCCUUGCCCUCAACUGGGUCAGGACCCAGCUGGAGAACCCAGCCCCCUUCAAAGUUCCCAACAACUUCCCACUCUGUUCUUUAACUGCAGAGAACAUUCUGACCCAUGAACAGCGUUGUGCGGCCGUGGUCAGCUCUGGGUUUGACCGCCUAGUAGGAGAAAACUCCCCAUACCGGGGCUGCAAGCGGGAUAUAGCAGCUGUCAUCCUUGAGAGGGAGGUCCCAGAUGACAAGGGCAGCUGUAAGGAGACCUAUGAGCUGGUUGCUCUGGGCACGGGUUCAGGUGGUUACAGGGGCUGGAUUGAGUUCAUGGGCCGAAGACUCCAUGAUACUCACAGCUUGGUCAUUGCCCGUCGUGCCCUGGUCAGGUUUCUGUUCCGGCAGCUCCUGCUGGUGGCUAGUGGAGGCCCUGAGGGGGCAGAACGAUCGGUGCUGACUCAUCGACCAGGCCCUGGUCCUUCCCUUGCCCUGAAGCCCAAGAUCUUCUUACACUUGUACCUCAGUCACACACCUGCGGGGGCUGCACAUGACAUCUACCUCCCUUCCCCAGGGGGCUCUCUCCCUAGUCCCUCACUUCGCCUUCAAGUCCACGCCCGGGAAGAGCUACGCCCUGUCUGUUACCUGGCCCCAGGAUUUCGGGCAGCCCGGGUCUGUUCGCUGUCAGCCAGUGAUAAGGUGGCUCGAUGGGCAGUGCUGGGCCUGGGAGGGGGCCUGCUGGCCCACUUCUUGCCCCCACUUUAUGCAACCAGCCUUGUCAUUGCUGACUCCUGCCAUGACCCUUCAACUCUGAGUCGGGUCAUCCAUGACAGGCCCUGCCUAGAGGGAAGGCCAGGCCUGCCACCUCCCUAUGCCCGUAAUCCCUUGCACUUGUUUCUGGGGCCACCUGUGGCUCCCCAGGAUUCUGUACCCCCUAGCUGCCAGGGCCUCAGCCUCAACUGGAGCCUGGGAGACACCAGCCUGGAAGUUGUGGACACAAACACAGGGCGUGUGUGGUCAGAAGGCUCCCUGGGCCCUCCCUCCCGUCUCUGCAAGGCCGCUCUCCUUCGUGCUUUCCGCCAAGCGGCCCAAGCCCUGGGAAGAUUUGAUCUCUUGGCACUAGACACAUAUGAGGUGGCCAAGGCCGGGACGUACCGUGCUGCUCGGCAGGAGUUGACUGCUUACCUGGAACAGCAGGACUUGGGCUCUUGGCCUUCCAAACCUCUAGUGGGCGGGUUCUGUCACUGACCACAGGUGUCAAAGGGUACCCUGUGUCCUUCCCAAAGGGAAACCUUGGAGGUGUCUGUUGGGGCCGGGGAAGGGGCUGCAGGAGGGACCUUAGUCCACUUAGGCACUAAGAGACUGGGCUGGGCAAGAUUUCGGGAAGAAAGUCUCUUUGUUGGCAGUGAGAGGGGACAUUUAAGGCUCCUGCUUGGAAGCUAUGUGCUUUAGGAUUUGUCUUGAAUAAAUGCUUUGUUC